AUGGGCUCCGUCGCCAACACCGACGUCACAAUACCCGAUGCUGUGGUACCAAAGCGCGAGCUAAGCAUCGAAGACUAUCUGUCCGACACACCAUCCUCUGUCGAUGGCAAUGAUACUCUUGAAGGAAGCUCCGAGCAACCCAAUCCGGAACCGACACCUGCUCCUAAGCGCAAAGGCGGAAGGAAACCAAUUUAUGCGACAUCUGAAGAACGGAAACAACGCAAUCGUCAAGCCCAGGCAGCGUUCCGCGAACGACGAACCGAGUAUAUCAAGCAACUAGAGACGACCAUUCAGCAUCAUGAAGAAACUUUGCAAAACCUACAGCAAAGUCACCGUGCUGCCGCCGAUGAGUGUCUCAUGCUGAGGUACAAAAACUCCCUCCUAGAACGCAUCCUGCUUGAAAAAGGUAUCGAUGUCCAGGCUGAACUAGCAUUAAAAGGGAGCCCCAACCUCCGCCCUCAUCGAGGACCUCCCGUAACCGGGCAGGCAUCGCCAAUGCAGAAGGCCAUGUUGAGUCGACAGCAACAGGCUCGUAAUCGACCUGUGAUGGCGCCACCUAUUCAGACUGUAAAUUCAUCUUCCCAGAUUGGUGGACAACGGAAUUUUGCCGGCUCACCUACAGCACAGCCUACCCCCCCUUCACAGCAGUCCUCACCUUCCACGGCGAGAUCCCCCGGUUUUGCUAUGCAUGGUGGCAUGACCUCACCGGCAACCGACAUUGCUGGAUCCCAGCAACCGCAGCAACAACCACAGGCACGGCCAUUGCCUCCACAGCAUCCUUCCUAUGCAUCCCAGCCAAGAUCACAUGCUCGGACAAUGUCACACCCGGCGACGACCCAGCCUUAUCCUCCCCGAACUCAACCAACACCCACAGUGCAGGACAAACAGGAGUACGAUGCCCAGCCGGACAUCGUCGACGAAAUGGAUGCCGAAGACGUCGAUACCGAUUCAUUCAUUCCGAACUUUCGAUUACCACCAACUACCUCGACCGCGAUGUCGAUAGGGAUGCACGCUUCUCCGCCCAUGACAACAAGUGGAGCAAGCGAUGGUGGCGGAGGCAUAGGAUCUCUGAUCGAUCCCUAUGACCCCAUGCUGGAUGCAGAUCCGUUCGGCCUGACUGCUAGUAUGCAUUUUCCUAAUCCUUACACUUAUCCUCCAAUGCAACCCAGAAGAUGA